AUGGAUUCUAGGUUUGUUCGAUGGUACAGAUCGAUUUAUACGAAAGAUAAUGCCCAUGUCAACAUGGUGGCCGAACCGAAACCCCAUCAAACUGGACGCAAGCGGCAGAACGUCACUAAAACUGGCAACGAUUGGGACUACUACUAUGACAGUUACUACGCGUCGACUGCUUUUCCACCUCGUUUGGCGCCGCCGUUGAAGAGACCUCGUUUGAUGCCACCGGCUCGAUCGCAGCAUCCCAAGCAACAGAAACAACAACCCGCCGCGAACACAGCCGCCGUUCCGGACCUGAACCAGCUGAAAGUGUACAGCAACCCGGAUAUUCUGAUCUGCGGCAACUGUCGGGAGAUGUUUACAGACCUGGGCGAGUUGCUCGAGCACAAGCGGAAUUACUGCAAACUGCGGUUCACAUGUAAAUGUCACACCUUCAACGGAACAGCUCCAAGAGACUCUACGACGGCUCUGCUAUGCGUUCUCUGCAAGGUGUCCUUCCCUUCAGCAUGGGAACUGAUGGUUCAUGCUCAGGCAGCACACAUGAUCAACAUUUACGAGCUGGGAACUCGACCUCAGAGUCCCAGAUCAGCUCCCAGCCCUCCGCAGAGUCCAAGUCAGCAUCAGAAGGAAUCAUCCCCGUCACCGCAAGACUUUCAGGAAACCAAAGCAUCGGAUUGUGAAGAGCGCGCAGAGGAAGAGGAUCUAGAUGGACACGAAUUAUUGCCCUCUCCUGAUAGUGGCAAGUCGACGGACAACGAAGCAGCUCUGUCACCGAUUAAAAUACGAUCUGACGUAAACGGACUGGACCAUGAAGAAUGUGACGAGCUGAUCCACGUUGAAAACACCACACAAGCUUGUAUCAUGCAUACUCUCAGCAUUGACUCGUCCUUGGAACUCAACUCUGACACGAACUCGAGGGGAAGUUCUGGCCCAGUCAUGGCGUUGACUAAUGGAUCUCUGUCCGCGAAGGAAUAAGUCGAGAGAGAGAGAGUGGGGAGAGAGCGAGAGAGAGAGAGAGAGAGAGAAAAAAUAAAAUAAAAAAAGAGAAUUAGUCAUUGGAACACGACUUUCCUUGUCCAGGGAUUCCUGUAACCAACGCCACCAACGAGACAUAUCGAUCUCCUUUAAGGAUAACA